UAUAUUUUUUAACUUUUCCGGACGAAACACAAGCACAAAUUAUGUUGAUCAAUUUUAAAAAUUCAAAUUUUUAAUCUACCAAUAUUUUGGCAAAUGUUUUGGUCUAUCCUUGCGAAGGCCUUUACCUCGCGGCAGAGCAUCUCAAAAAGUGGCAGUCAGCCGUCAGGAAAGCCUCCGGGAAAGCCACAAGAUAAGCCGCCGGGAAAGCCACCAGGACCACCGACCGGCAAGGAUCAGUGCAAGACGCGAACGGAAUGUCAGCCGGCCCAGUUCUGUGCAGAGACGGACAGGUUCCACUCCAUGUGGGAGCCACCCAAGAACCUUCCGCCACCAUAUCCCUUCGUAGUCCGACGUUCAAAUGAGCUCUGUUGCGAACCCAACUGCACCAAGCCCUUGCCCUCGUUCGACGAGCUGUAUUAUCAUCCAUCCUGCAAGAAGGGUCCCUUUCAGCGCACCUGGGUGGAGUGUCCCGAGUUUAUGGUUCGCAAGAAGGUAAUCUGCCGCUUCGAUAAGCUGGAGGCCCUUGAGCCGUCACGCCGCUUGGCCAAGAAGCGGGAGCGAGUCACUCAACCACCAAAGGAUAUGGCCACCGGCCCGUGUCCGCACCUGGCUCCUUUGGCCCGCUGCAUUCCGGGCCGUCGUCCGCCAAGAUGUCGCAAGGACAAGACGCCUGCCUGUUGCCGCAAACUAUGUGCCCCAGUGCCCUGCUGGUCGGAAUGCAAACAGCCACCGCUGGCAAGGCUACGCCCGAGAUCCAGCGAGUGCGAAUGCAAGCGUCCCAUUACUCCCUGCGAGGUGGAGCGGGGCCGCCAAUAUAUGAAGAUCCAUGGGCCAAACUAUGUAUGCCCCAAAGAUGUCCGGAAGGCCAUGAAGGAGAGUCUAAAGAUGAAGGUUAACAAGAAGUUUAAGAAAAACAAGAAAAAGAAAAACAAGGUUAAGAUAGGCAAGGAUAAGAAAAAAUAAAUUUACAUUUUUGACUAGAAAGUCUUUUGA